AUGUCAGCUCACAAGCACCAGAAUCGAAGCAUCCUUACUGGAAAUUACCCCGUUCUCUUCCCCGACAAUGCUUGGAUCCCUCUCAGAAAACUCGCAGAAACUACCCCCAAUGACGGUCUCCUCCGAAUCUAUUCGGCAUUGAGCGGCGAGGCUCUCCUGGUAACAAGCCCACCAGCCAUCAGAGACAUGCUCACAGUAAAUGCCUUUGACUUUGCGCACCAGGACUUAGUGAAAAUCGCCAUCAAGCGAUUCACUGGUAGCAAUCUGGGUUUCCUCAGCAAUGACGACUUCAAGCUCCACCGGAAGAACAUGAUGCCGGCAUUCGCGGUACCGCACGUCCGUGAGCUCACCAGCAUCUUCUGGAACAAAGCUCAAGAAAUGGUACACUGCAUGUCAACCGAGCUGCGCGCAGAUCCUUCAGCCCCGAUCAAUUUCCGUGAAUAUGUGUCUCGGGCAACACUCGACAAUAUCGGUCUGGCGGGCAUGGGCCACGAUUUUCAGACCCUCAAGCAGCCUGAUAAUGACCUUCGCAACCACUACAGGAAGCUGAUCCUCGAUCCGACGCGCGUAUUUAGCUGGGUGGGACUGCUGAGUCGUUACUUUGACAUGAGGCUUCUGAUGAGGGUGCCGCUGAAAAAAUUGAUUGAGAUCUCACAAUCAGCGAACUACCUUCGUUCUGUUACUAGGAAGGUCAUCCAGGAGAGAAGCGCGAAGCUGGUUGGCUCUAACGAUGGAAGGACCAAGGAUAUCAUCACAGUCGCUCUGGCAAGCGGUGUGUUCGAAGAACGCCAUCUGGUUGACCAUGUCAUGACCUUCCUAACCGCCGGACACGAGUCCACAGCUACAGCCUUUGAAUGGACGAUGUACGAACUAGGACGCCGGCCCGAGAUGCAGAGACGGUUACGAGAGGAGCUAAGAGCAUCUAUGAGCAGUGAUAAUCUGGCAGCUGCAGAUUUCGGAUCCCGGGUUCAAAAUUUGUCCUAUCUGAAUGCAUUCUGCAGUGAGGUGCUCCGCUGCUACCCGUUCUCUCCGAUCAUUGUGAAGGUUGCACAGCAAGAUACUACAAUUAUGAACCAUCCAAUACCCAAGGGCACGGUGGUGCUGUAUUCAGCUGAAGUCUCGAAUCACGACAAGAAACUUUGGGGACCUGAUGCGGAUCAAUUCAAUCCGGAGCGGUGGAUGGGCGAAGGGACAGCGAAGUCUGGUGGUUCUUCUAGUAAUUAUGCGAUGCUUACGUUUGGGGCAGGGCCACGGAACUGCAUUGGGGCUAACUUUGCCAGAGCCACGCUUGAGUGCCUUGUAGCAGCGGUGGUUACUACAUUCGAGAUCAACCUUGCGAAUCCCCAAACAGCAGGGAAGUUGAAGUUCGGGCAGACCAAAAAGUCAGCGGAAGGGGUUUACGGAAAGCUUACGUGGGUGAGACCGGUGGAAGCUUAA